GGAAAGGAGAAAAAGAAAAUGGAGUACCUAGGGAUCGAUUUGAGCUGUGCGAUGGGAUCUCUCCGGAACGGUGAAUUCCCGGAGAAAGAUUGUCUUCUUCCUCUAAUUUCGAAGCUUCUCGGUUACUGCCUUGUCGCUGCGUCCAUCACCGUCAAGCUCCCACAGAUAUUGAAAAUCGUGCAACAUAAAAGCGUACGUGGCCUUAGUGUUGUGGCAUUUGAGCUCGAAGUGGUUGGUUAUACAAUCUCUCUUGCGUAUUGCCUUCACAAAGGUCUUCCCUUUUCGGCCUUUGGUGAAAUGGCUUUUCUUUUGAUCCAAGCUUUGAUCUUGGUUGCUUGUAUCUAUUAUUACUCUCAACCUGUCCCUAUGACAACUUGGGUCAGAGCACUCUUAUAUUGUGCUGUAGCUCCAACUGUGCUUGCUGGGCAGAUUAAUCCAACGCUUUUUGACGCUAUUUAUGCUUCACAACAUGCGAUCUUUCUGUUUGCAAGACUCCCUCAGAUAUGGAAGAACUUCCAAAACAAAAGCACUGGAGAACUCAGUUUCUUAACUUUCUUCAUGAACUUCGCUGGGUCCAUUGUGAGAGUCUUCACCAGUAUCCAGGAAAAUGCCCCAGUUAGCAUUCUUACGGGAUUUGCUCUUGGAGUCUUCACCAACGGAACCAUCCUGAGUCAGAUUCUCAUGUAUCAGAAGGCUGCUGCAGUAAAGGAGAAGAAAACCAAUUGAAUGGUAGAAAGAUAUCCUAAAUCAAAUACUGGUGUUGUAGGUUUUCCAGAAAAAAGAAGAGAUUAAUCAAUGUUGCAGUUAUUGUUUUUCUUUUUAAUAUCCCUUUUCAAGGAUGAUCAGACUUUUUGUUCAGUGUAUGGGUUCGACUUGAUUCUGAUAGUCAAGUAGCUGUUUGAAGUCUGAUUGAUGCUUUCUAAUAGGUUUUCAUGAUUGCUAAACCUGGAAGUAUUUGAAAUGGUAUAAGGUCUUAGGUCCAAUAAUCAAUUUCAACCAUGAUUGUUAUUGUUGAGGACUAC